ACGAUGAUGGCCUCAUUCCUGCGGCUUUGGUUUGUGCCGCACCUUUGAAUUGCGUGAUGUUCCCAAUGCAACGGCUCGGACUAGGUAGGAAUAUCUGGACGAUACCUUUUGAUCAUAUCACGAAACAGUUGGAGUUGCUCUACGUUGCCGAGAUCUGCUAUAUGGCCGCCAAGGCCCUGACGCAGUUAUCCUUCCUUACAUUCUACCUUCGAAUCUUCCCAUCUGACGAGUUCCAUCGGAUCACAUACUGUUUGAUGGGUCUGUCGGCGUGCUUCGGAAUAUCCAAUACAUUCGUGACAAUUUUCCAGUGCAACCCAGUGUUGUACUUUUGGUCUGGGGGGACCGGUGAAUACACAGGCAACUGCAUUGACAUCAAAAGCUUUUCGUGGUACAAGGCAGCAAUGCAAAUUGCGAUGGAUAUCUCGAUCAUUAGCCUUCCGAUUUGGCCGCUUAUUCAUGUGUCCGUUAACAUCAAACGAAAGAUCCAGAUGAUCCUGAUGUUCGGCACCGGCUUUCUUAUUACUGUCAUAAGCUUCCUGCGAUUACGAUCUCUCGUCAUAUUCUCAAAGUCCUCCAAUAUCACAUAUGAUAAUACGCCAGGGAUCUACUGGAGCGGUGUGGAGUGCGACGUUGCAAUCAUUUGCGCGUGUAUGCCCUCCAUACCGUCCCUCCUCAAGAACCUUUUUGCAUCAGCGUUCGGCUCCCUUCGAAGAAAUAUUAUAGCAACAUAUUUCUGCCUCAAAAAGUUCCAAGUGCCGGUAGUUCUGUUCCACUAGAGCAGAUCAAGAUUGAUACCUCGUGUCAGGUUACCAGCUCAGAGAUAAAUCUUGUCAAUGGAUC